UAGGUGCGUUCGUUACCACCACUUACGGGUCAUCCGGGGGUUUCUAUCUGUGAUCUCGUUCAGUGAGUGAAGUUAAUUAAACUCUGUUCGGGUCGAAUUGAACUUUUUUGUUUCGAUCGAGUGAACCGUUGAUCGGAACGUGUUUGAUCCAAAGCCGAAAACAAAAUCAAGACUGCAACGGGCGGUCACUGUUAACGGACGUCGCGUUGCACAGCAGCAGAUACAGAAAUGUCCGACACGGAGGAGGAUUCGCUCAGUUCCGAAAGUUGGCCCAUCAACGAGGACUGGCUGAUCGAGGUGCUGAAGAAGCACCACGAGGUGCGAUCCGGGAUUAAGAUUACAGAUUUCAAGGUGAAACAGGGCUGCCACGAUGGGGUGAACAAUCUGAGCGACAUCCUGUCGGUGUCGGUGGCAUACGAGUUCCAGGAUGUCAUCAGCAAACAUCUGGACAUUGUGAUAAAGCUGCUGCCGCAGGAUCCGUUCAGUCGGUUUUUCGUGACGGAGGCACAGUUUGACCUGAGGGAGAUCAAGUUCUACACCAGCAUCCUUCCCGAUCUACUCGCCUUCCAGGAGUCGGACGUCGCCAAAGAGGACAGUGCCACCAUGUUGGUAUCGGUCCCGACCUGUUUCUACACUCAGUACGCACCGGCCAUCAGCCCCUCGCAGGGCAGUCCGGAACCACCGGAGAGCAUCCUGGUGUUGGAAGAUAUGCGCUCUCUUGGAUAUAAGGGAGCCAACUUCACGUCGGGUUUGACGGUCAGCCAGACUGAAGCCGCCAUCCGAGCCAUCGUGGCUAUCCACGCUCUGUCUCUUGGACUUAAACUCAAAAAGAAGGUCGACGUCAACGAGAAGUAUCCCUUCCUGUUCCAAACGACCCGGGCCACCGAAAGCUACCAGCAGCUGGUGGAACAGGGAAUGCCCCAGCUGACCAAGUUCCUCGAGGGCAAACCCGGCUACGAGAACGAGCUGAAAGCCCUCAACAAGAUUCGCACCAAAACCAAAGAACUGAUCGAAACUUUGCUGCAACCGAUCGAACCGAUGGGACUGAUCACGCACACCGACUUCUGGUGCAACAACCUGCUGUUCCGGGCCGAAGGGGACGGCACCGAUAGCUGUAUCAUCCUGGACUGGCAGAUGGUGACCUACAGUCGGCCCACCAACGAUUUGGCCCUGCUGCUGAUUUCUUCGAUUCCGUCCAACAUCCGGCGCCAGCACGGCGCUCGGCUGCUCGAUCUGUACUACAACCUGCUCAAGGCCUCCUGCCGGAAGCUGGACAUUGAUGUGGAGGCCGAUCUGGGGUACAGUCGGAACAAGAUGGAACUGGAGUAUCGGCAAUCGGAACUACUAGCCCUACUGCUUUGCAUCGGUUCGAUCGACAUCGCCAUAGGAAAUCCGGUAGCGGAACAGCGUUUGCUGGACGUCCUGCGUGACUUCAACGAGGAAGGAAUACUCACUCUGGACGAAUGCAUUUAAGACGUGUCGCGUCAAAUAACACUUUUAGUUUUUGAAGUCAUUACAACCGUAACAAAACCCAAAAAUGUUACUAACAAAUGGAAGAACUUUGAAACUUUUUGCAAACUUUUGGGAAACGUCGAAUCGACGUCAAAGCAGAACUCGUUCAAUUUUUGUAACCAAACCAUGACACAGCUGCUACUCGGCAACUUUCCAGUUUCACUUUAGAAAUACGAAAUAAAUCAAUCAAACGCGUCUACUAGAGGUAACUAGGUGAUCCGAUCCAGCGCUUUCAAACAACCCUUAGCCAGCAACCGAUUCCAACCAGGAAAAGAGUCAAUCCUAAAUCAAAAGCAUACGUUUUGAAAUGCCUUUUUAGCAGAAAGAAGAUUAUAAACUAUAACGGCGUAGACGCUAUUACAGUAAUACAGUAUUUGACAAAAGUAAAUGCAUAAUCAGCGAACACAUUUGGUUUCAGCUGCUAAAACAGAGGAUACGAGCAAGUAUAGAUUGUUUAACAAAAGUUUAGCGAAAAACAAAACAAUAUUGAAAACUAUAAUAGUCAGUAGCAUAAAAACACACCCACAUAUAGGAAUAAUCGAAACCAAUCUUUGCUGUAUUGAUAGAAUUUUAUCGUAACAUUGAAGCAUUCCGCAGUGCGCGCAGUCCGAGCACAAAUAGUGUUGUAUCCGAUUACAGGUAACAAGUUGCUGUAAUAAAGAUUAUCAAACCAUUGGUCAAACGUAGUGUGAAAGAACGUCCUCCUCCCUUACUCAAUUGGGCCUUUGUACUGUAAAAUGUUAUCAGCUUCAGCAGGUGACCUUUGGCUAUUGAAUAUUACUGCUAAUAUCACAUUCAUCAUCGCUUGUGAUAUUCCAUAAGCGGACACUCCUUUUAUGACAUUUUUAGACCCAACAACACAUGCAAAAAUUGGAAAAAAUGUCGAUCUUAAGAUUUUCUUAGAUGGUUGAUGUAAGCCGAUAAGUAUUACUAACAUAAAAAAGACGUUUACAGUUACAUUAUACCAAUAAGUCUUGUGCAAAGCAUUCAAGAACGCACAUGCCAAAUGAGAGUCGUUAGUGGAAGUUUUGGCUACAUGAAAGUCACUGUGAUUUAUUUCAAAUUAUUACCAUGAAUAUUACCGCAGAAAUUAUGGCGCUCGCUGCUAAAUGCCCUUUAUCAUGUUUGGCCAAAAUAAGGGUCAAUUUGUUUGGUAUUAAUGCACGGCGCGACAAACACAUAAAUAUAUAGCACGCCAUGAAUGUACGGCGCAGAACAAAAAUUCAUGCAGUCAGAGCUUCGUGUUUCAUCGUGUGUAUCGUGUGUGCUGUUGUUGGUGAUAAAGCCUUGAACGAGGGCUACUUGAGACGUGAGUUACUUUGACGUGAUUUUCUCUUAAUUUUAAUAGUCAGCGUUUUCUUUUAUUUGUAGUGGGGAUCACGAUUCGUUACGCAUUACCUAAUCAUCCUGAAAUUGCACAGCACUGUCACCAAUGUAGAAAUGCUACGAUUUUAACAAGAUUGCUAACUACAAUGAUGAUGACAUUCACAUACAAUCAUUCUAGAUUUAAGAUGAAAGUUGGAAAUUUCAGCUUACUGCACUGCCGUGAAUCGCAAGUCAGUCCCAUCUGCAUUUUGGGCAAAAAUGAGUUAAUGGCCGUUUUCGAUCUUUCUUCGGAUGAUCUUUCAGCUGCGUGAAAAAAAUAUAUAGUUUGUUCAGUAAAAUUGAAAAACAA